AUGAAUUCCAAGGAUGACUCAGUAGAACUUGAAGCUCAGCAAGAACGGUCAAGAGAAGAAAUCGAAUCCAAACCAAGCAGACCAACAAUCAACUCAAUCCAAACUGAACUUCAUCACACUUUAACAUCACCCACUCAUUUAACCACUCCUUCAUCAGAACACUAUGACCAUCACAUCAACUCAUCAUCAACUAUCAGUAGCGCAAGCUCAGCAAGAUCAACUUCAAGUGUACAAGCAGUACCCAUCAAAAGACCCUCUAGAAGACCUUCUCAAACACCAUCUCAAAAUCAAACUAUCAUCGUACCAACUCCAACCGAACACUAUACUGAAACUUUGAUCACAUCUACCUCAACCCAAACCCAAAAACAAACUCGUAAGACAAUCAAAGAUUAUCAUAUUGGAGAAAUUUUAGGAGAAGGAUCUUAUUCAACAGUAUACCAAGCAAUCGACAAAACCAAACCCAAUUCGAUCAUAGAACAAUAUGCCAUUAAAGUUUUAGAUAAACGUCAUAUUCAAAAAGAAAAGAAAACGAAAUAUGUUACAGUUGAGAGAGAUACGCUUAAUUUAUUACAUCAUCAUCCUGGUUGUAUUAAACUGUUUGCUACUUUUCAAGACGAUUUUUCAUUAUAUUUCGUUUUAGAGUAUGCUGCUAAUGGUGAGAUUUUAAAAGUCAUCAAAGAUUACGGUUCAUUAUCAUUAGAUUGUACGAUAUUUUAUGCUGCUGAAAUUCUAGAUGCAAUAGAUCAUAUGCAUUCACGUGGAGUGAUCCAUCGUGAUCUAAAACCAGAAAAUAUUUUAUUAGAUAGUCAUAUGAGAAUUAAGAUUGCUGAUUUCGGUAGUGCAAAGAUCUUGAAACCUGAAGAAGAAUCAUCUACUGAACCUCGUACAGCGGAAUAUGUAAGCCCCGAACUUCUACUUCACAAGACUACCACCAAAAGUUCAGAUCUAUGGGCAUAUGGAUGUAUAAUUUUUCAAAUGUUAUCAGGAACCCCACCAUUCAGAACUAGAAGUGAAUAUUUAACAUUUCAAAAAAUUACCAACUUGGACUACGAAUUCUUACCUGAAUUUCCAUCAAUCGGAAGAGAUCUAAUAGAAAAGAUUCUAUUAAUCGAACCAAAAGAAAGAUUAAGUUUAAGCGAAAUUAAAUCACAUGGGUUCUUUUUUGGUUUAGAUUGGAAUUCGAUUUGGAUUGGUGAUGUACCUAAAUUUGAAACUGGGAUUGUGAAAGCUAGUUUGAAUAAAUCUUUAACCUCAAACCAAGUUAAGAUUGAAGAUUUUUUAACUUUACCUCCCUUACCAGUUUCUGUGAAUGUUUCUCCUGAUCUUAGAGGAAAUAAUCUAGAAGAAGAAGAAGGCAGAGAAGAACAUCAUCAUGAACCAGAAGAACCAGAAGAAGAAGGAGCGGAAGGGGAAAGGGUUAUGAAUAAGAUUGAAGUGGAUAAUGAAGGUAGGAAAGGUGGAGAUUUAAAGGUCGAGAAAAAGUUGGAUAGAAGGAAAAGUAGAUUAGAAAGUUCACUUAGUGCAACAAAGAAAGCGUGGCUUGGAGGAAGUCAUGGGAAUAGGAAAGCUGGCGUUGCUGCUGCUGGGGAUGCUGCUGGAGAGAGUAGUGGAAGUGAUGGUGGUCCGGAAGUGGGUUCUACUUGGCCAGAAGUUUUCUUACCAAAUGAAUUGAUGAUCUAUUCAACCAGUCCGAUGAAGGAAAAAACCAAAACAUUCAUUAAAGAGAGCAGCACAAGUGAAGAAAGCAAACCUAAAAUAUUUCAAAGAUUAUUUAAACGGACCAAGAAGAUGAAAAAGAAGAAAGAAGGUAAAAUGAAUUAUACAUUAGUCUUAACUGAUUUUCCUAGAUUGUUAUUUGUUUCGGAAGAUUUGAAUAAAUUGAUGGUCAAGAUUGAAAUUGAGAUCUUGUUUAGAGAAUUACCUUUACUUGGAAAUCAAAUUGAAGUUGAUGAAACUCGAAAUGAUCAAGAUCUAAUUAAUCGAACUCGGAAUCCGAAUCAGAUUGAUAGAAAUCAGGAUCAAAUUGGAAAUCAUAGGAAUCAGAAUCAGAUUGAUCAGAAUCAAAUUGAUAAGAAAGGAUUAGAUUAUUUUUUAUUUAAACAAGUUGAUUUGAUUAGUUGUAACACAUUUGAAGUGAAAACCUCGAAUGGAAAAACCUUCAAAUUUGAAGAUCCAAGUGAAUCAGCUCAAAGAUGGAAAGAUGAAAUCCUUUUUGCAUAUGAAACUUGUCAAAAUAAAACAUCAAAACCGAAAUGAAGAAAUGAAUGAAGAAAUGAAUGAAGAAAUCCAGUUGGUUUUGUUUUUGGGUUGGUUUUUUGGUUUUUUCUUUUUGUUUUGAAAUCAUCAAUCUUUUAAAUGUGUUUGUAGAAUAAUUGAGGUUUUUUUUUCUCAUGAAAUUUGAUUAUCAUUUGAUUGUUUUCCUG